AUGGUGAGCUCUGCACGGCCCAGCGACGUGGGCAUCCUGGCCAUGGAGGUGCAUUUCCCCUCGGACUAUGUGGACCAGCAGGAGAUGGAGGCAUUCGAUGGCGUCAGCAGCGGCAAGUACACUCUGGGCCUGGGCCAGCUGGGCAUGGCGGUGCCCGGCGACCGAGAGGACGUGAACGCGCUGGCGCUGACUGCAGUGUCCAGGCUCCUGAGCAAGUUCGGCGUGUCCCCCGAGCAAGUUGGACGUCUGGAGGUGGGCACGGAGACGCUGGUGGACAAGAGCAAGUCCACCAAGACCGUCCUCAUGCAGCUGUUCGGAGACAACGCCGAUGUGGACGGAGCCACGGUCAUCAACGCCUGCUACGGCGGCACCGCGGCGCUGCUGAACGCCGUGGCCUGGGUCGACAGCUCCUUCUGGGACGGAAGAUACGCCGUUGUGGUGGCUACGGACAUUGCAGUGUACGCGAAGGGCCCCGCUCGUCCCAGUGGAGGAUGCGGAGCCGUGGCGAUGCUCAUCGGACCGGAUGCACCCAUGGCGCUGGACUGCACGACCAAGGCGACCCACGCGACCAACGUCUGGGACUUCUACAAGCCCAAUGUGAGCAGCGAGUACCCGACGGUGGACGGCAAGCUGUCUAACUCGUGCUAUCUACACGCGCUGGACGAGUGCUACCAGCUCUUUUGCAAGAAGAGUGGCAAGGCCGAAGGCAAGGGCCCUGGCGUUGACUCGGUCGACUACGCAGUGUUCCACUCGCCGUACAACAAACUGGUGCAGAAGUCGUUCGCUCGGCUGCUGUUCUUGGACGCGAGACGAGUGCUGAGUGAGAACGACGAGGUUGCCAAAGAGAAGUUUGCUUCGCUGAGCAAGUGGGCGGACGCGCCGCUGGAAGACACGCUGAACGACCGCGAACUGGAUCUGGCGGUGCGUGCUGUUGCCAAGGAAGACUUUAAGACCAAGGUGGGGCCGAGCUGCACCACCUCGCAGCAGCUGGGUAACUGCUACACUGCGGCCGUCUACAUGAACCUGGCGACGUUGGUGCACGCUCGUGCCAAGGAUCUGUCCCUCGGGGCGCGUGUGCUUAUGUUCUCGUACGGCUCGGGUAGCCUUGCCACCAUGUUUGUGCUUCGCACGCGUGAGCCGACGGAGUCGUCGAAGGGCAAGUUCUCGCUGGAAAAGAUUGCCAAGGCGCUGGACCUCACCGCUCGUCUGGAAAGCCGCAACAAGAAGACGCCGGAGGAAUACACGGCCCGCAUGAAGUUGCGUCAGAGAACCUAUGGCGCCAAGAACGGUCUGAAGCUCACGCAGUCGAUUGCGUCCAUUCCUGAAGGCGACUUCUAUCUUGACCGGAUCGAUGACAUGGGCCGCCGUUUCUACGCUCGCUCUAAGCCGCUAGUGACUUCGGAGGGCGACAAGCAGGAGCAGCAGCACGUUACGAGGACUGCGCAGGAGCUCGCUGGAGCUGUGUACGUGACUGGUACAAGCGUUGGUCUGCCGGGUCAGGCCAAGGCUUUCGAGGGCGAGCAGUCUGUUGAGAAGUUGCUGGCUGGAGAGAACUGCAUCAGUCCAGUCACCGACGCCGCUAAGGACAAGAUGAUCGCCCAGAACAUCGUGCAGGUCCAUAAGGACAAGACUAGCGGCGAAAUGACGCUCACCCCAGUGUCCACCCGUGAGAAGUGCAUCCAAGUCUCAGCAGUUGUGAAUCACGUUGAUCUGGAGAAGGACUACGGUAUUGCUGCGACCAUCGCCCGCUCGAUGGACGAGCCCACGCAGUUGGCUGUGGCUGCCGGCCUGGAGGCUGUUCGUAACGCUGGUCUCGUGGACGGAGCCGAUAGCAACUGGCGUUUGCCGGAGAACAUGAGGGACUCGACAGGCGUCAUCUACGCCACGUCCUUCCCUACGAUGAACGCUGCCGUGUCGGAAAUAUCUCGUUCUUACGAAGAGGGCAAGGAGGGCGAGUCUGCCUAUGAGAUGGACCGCAAGAUCCUUUUCCGGCUCCUGGUACUCGCUAACGCGCAGGUGGCUCAGCUCACCGGUGCUCGCGGACCCAACACGCAGAUCAACGCGGCGUGUGCUGGUGCCACCCAAGCUAUUGGCGUCGCCCAGGACUGGAUCAGCUCGGGCAAGUGCCAGCGUGUGAUCGUCGUGUCCAGCGACACGGCUAGCUCGGAGACCAUGAUGCCCCUGAUCGGUGGUGGUUUCCGAGCUCUUGGUGCCGCGUGCAUUGCUCCGACGGCGGAUGCAGCGGCGCGUCCGUUUGACGCCAAGCGUAGUGGUAUGAUUGUCGGCAGCGGCGCGAUCGGUGUGGUGCUGGAAUCGCCCCUGGCUUACGCGGAGCGCUCGGUGACAGCAAGCAAGAAGCCCGUGCGCUUGCUUGCGACGCAGUACAGCAACUCGGCCUACCACGGAGCUGCGUUGGAGCCGAACCACGUUGGACAGGAGCUCGUGCGCUUCCUGCAGCGCGUGGAGACCGACUUCGGCAUCACCCGCGAGAAGAUCGCUCGCAACGGCGUGUACUACAGCCACGAGACCGGCACCAACGCGUCGGCCAAGUCGUCGUGCGCCUACACGGAAGUGACGGCGUUGCGCACGGCGUUCGGUUCGGAGCUGCUCGGAGAGCUGAUGAUCGCGAACACCAAGGGCAUCACGGGCCACCCCAUGGCCGUCGCCUUCGAGGACGUCGCCGCUAUCGAGGGCCUUCGCCGCGGCUGCGUGCCGCCUGUGGUGCACUUCGUGACGCACGACCCGAACCUGGGCGAGACUCCGCUUCGCCUUGCGCCGGGCGGCGCCUACGUGCACAAGUACGCACUUCGCUUCGCUGCAGGCUUCGGCUCGCAGCUCGCGUUCUCCCUCUACACGCUCGACAACUGA